UCUCUCCCUCUCGGAUUCCGCUUGGACAACGCCACCACCACCCGAGUCGCGCCACGCCACGCCACGCCGCGCGCCCCCAAGCAAGGGAGAGCACAGAGGAGGAGGACGCGCGCUCGCGCGAAGCGAAGAGUGAUCGAUCGGUUGGUUCAUCUUAUGGGGCGGCGGUCGAGCGCGUCCGCCGCAGAGCAGCUGCUGCCGGCGGCGCUGAAGCGCGGGGGCCGCGCGGCAGCGGUGCUGGAGCGGUGCGCGUCGCGGACGGACGACGAGCUGCAGUGGUUCCGCUCCUGCCUGCGGUGGGUGUGCAUGGACCACUCCGGCCCGGGCCAGGCCGCGCUGUCGUGGCUGCUCUUCCUCGUCCUCGCCGUGAUCGUCCCUGCCGCGGCCCACUUCCUCCUCGUCUUCCGCGACACGCGCCGGCCCUUCUCGGUGGUCGUGCAGCUCUCGCUCUCGGCCGCCUCGGCGGCCGGGUUCCUCUGCCUCUCCUCCUCCUUCCGCCGCAUCGGGCUCCGCCGCCUGCUCUACCUCGACAAGCUCCGCACCAAGAGCGACCGCGUCAGGCUCAACUACACGGCCCGCCUCGCCUUCUCCUUCCGCCUCCUCGCCUCCCUCGUCGCGCCCUGCUUCGCCGCCGAGGCCGCCUACAAGGUCUGGUGGUACGCCACCUCCGCCGACAGCGUCCCCUUCUUCGCCAACGACGUCCUCAGCGACGUGCUCGCCUGCUCCCUCGAGAUGGCCUCCUGGAUGUACCGCACCGCCAUCUACCUCCUCACCUGCGUCCUCUUCCGCCUCAUCUGCCACCUCCAGAGCCUCAGGCUCGAGGACUUCGCUGGCUCGCUGCUCGUCGAGGUCGAGGAGGGGCGGACCGGGGUCGAGCGCGUGCUCAGGGAGCACCUCGACAUCCGCAAGCAGCUCAAGGUCAUAAGCCACCGCUUCCGCAAGUUCAUCGUCGCGGCCCUGCUCAUCGCCACCGCCAGCCAGUUCGCCUCCGUGCUCCUCACCACCCGCCGCGACUCCGUCGACGACCUCCUCAACACCGGAGAGCUCGCGCUAUGUUCACUCGUGCUCAUGUCCGGGCUCAUCAUAAUCCUGAGCAGCGCCGCCAAGAUUACUCACCAGGCGCAGGCGCUCACCGGCCACACCACCAAGUGGCACGCCUGCUGCACCAUCGAGCCCGUCCCGGACGAGGAAGCGGAGCCGGGGUCCAUCCACAACUCCAUGAUCGAACAAGACCCCGCGAGCGACAGCGGCGCCGAGUCCAGCGAGGAAACCGGGGACGAGGACCUGCUGGAGAACACCAAGAUCAUGCUGCCGAACGCGCACGUCAUCUCCUUCCAAAAGAGGCAGGCACUAGUGACCUACCUGGAGAACAACAGAGCCGGGAUCACCGUGUUCGGGUUCACGCUGGACCGGUCGUACCUGCACACCAUAUUCAUGCUCGAGUGGACGCUGUUCCUGUGGCUGCUCGGAAAGACGAUCGGCUUCUCGUGAAGGAACACGACGACGGUGGAAGAAGGUGCAACGUCCAGAUGGCCGUUCUUCGAAGUUGAAACGUGUUUUGGUUGCCCGUUUUGGGGAUGUGAUAUGUGCAUUUUUGAUCAUGUGGAAGGGGAUCGGAGGCCUUUUUCGUGUGCGGGCGGCUGGCACGGGACACGGGCGUGCUGUUGAGCGUGUAUGUAUGCUAGCGAUGAUCUGUGUGACGUGUGUAAAUUGCGAGUUGAUUGCCCGUCGCCCUGCCUUGUAAAUGUGUUUUUGUAGAGGGCCGCGAGGAGGACGAGUUUGCAGCUGCUUUAGGGCCUAUUUGUUUGGGCUAAGCUUUUCGGAAAAGCUGCUCUAGUUUUUGACCUUGGAGAUACUGUUUUUCAGAAGUUGUUUAUGUAAAUGUUGUGAUUGUUUGACAAGCCUAUUUUUGAAUGGUGUGGCUGAUGGUUUAUUGAGCUGAAUGAAGUGUAUAUUGUUUAUAA